GUGACAAACCGACCUGCAAGUUUCUAGUCAGUUGUGAGAAAGUCAAGGUUCUGAGAAGAGUUUCAUGUGCUCUGAUUGACUACUGAAAGAAACGGAGUAUACCUGACGAGAGAAAUUCGUUACCAAUGAACCUAUAUAGGAGUUUUGGGAAUCUUCUGGAGAGUUGGGUGACCAAAGGCCACCAGGAUUUAUACUUACAGCCUGGACCUGGUGUGGAUGGAUUCGAUUCCCUUUCUAGGGGCUCUGUCCCACUAUCCAAUGUGAAAUCUGAAUCUGAGGACUCCGGAUUUGAGACGGUUAGUACAACUAGUCCUUGUCAUUUUCACCAGUGUAGUGCUUUGACAUCUGAAGAAUCCCAGCCAGUUUUUGGCUCUACAGAGGAUGAGGUUCGACCUUCAUCCCCGUCUCCUUCUAUGUGCUCUUCCUCAUCCUCAAGUGUUGAUCUCAGCUCGGUGGCUCUAAAAACGACACAUCUGGAGGUGGAGCAAGUCUUGAGACGGACAGAUUCAGGCUCAUGGAGAGGACCCCUGCAGCAGACUGAAAGGGGGACCGGAGGGCCACGGUAUCGCUCUAACACUGCCUCAUUUCCAUCCAGCUUCCACUCAAACUGCUCCAGGCCACGUCAUCGGCUUGCACUUCCAAGGAGAACUCAUUCACAACCUCCAGAUUCCAAGAAAGCGGAGCUGUACAGAAAAUGCCUAAAGUCAGACCAACAUGGCCCACCAGGAGACAUCCAGCUGGAGCAGCUUGUGGAGAGUGAUCAUUGCAGGCUGGACAAGCUGUCUCCAGGGUUGCUGUACCUGGAGCAGGUGUGCAGGAUGAUGGAGAACAUUGCAACGCUACAGCAGCAAAACUACAGCCUGCAGAAAGAGGUGGAGAUCCUGAAGAGUCAGCAUGCUGAAAAAGAGCUUAGAAGCUUUCAUGAGGAGGAAAUAAGCUAUCCAGCCAGCCGAAGUUUACAGAUUCUGGGUCAUGAAGAUCCACCCAGCGAAUCGACUCACCUAAAAGAACCCAUGGGAUUUCGUCACAGAUCAGUAUCUGACACUCAGGCAGCCGUCGGCCGGCACAGGAGAACAAGGUUUUUUCGAGACAAACCUAUUGUAGAUGUCUUAGUUGAGGAACCUGAUGGUAAAGAUCCUUUACCAGGAAAUGAGCCAAAAAAGCUGAGUAAGAUCCAAAAGCUGAGAUUUGCAUCAUUCAGAACACAGGAGACACGACAGUCUGACAAAGAAAGCAAAAGCUUACAGCCUAAGAAGAAAACAAGAAUGCCAAGCUUUUUCAGUAGGAGUAGAAGUAUGACUACACGUCUCUAACAUUGAUGCCCAGUGAUGGUGAUUCACAUCUCCCAUUUACCUGAGGAUUAUGGCACUUUUAUAUAUAUAUAUAUAUAUAUAUAUAUAUAUAUAUAUAUAUAUAUAUAUAUAUAUAUAUAUAUAUAUAUAUAUAUAUAUAGCUUGUUUUAUUCAAGUAUUUAAGACUGCACUUAAAUUAAGUACUGAGUAGUACUAAAAGUCUUCAUGUACUUAAUGGAUACUUGUUGUUUGGAACUGUGAGUCCACUUUGUUUAUGUAAAUACUAUUGUUUAUAAAUUUGCAAUGCAAAAUGCUUCCAAUGUUUAGUUUUCAUCGCUAGAUCCACUCAUUGUAUUAUUGUUAUUUUCUCAUUUAUCAUGAUCUCAGUCUGUAAAGCUUUGCUGCUAGAAUUAGUUAGUUUGUAAUACUAGGUUGAUUUUAUAACAAUUGUUUAAUAUAAUAAAAUAUACAAUACACCACUUCACUUGCAAGAUUACAAACUCAUACAAGUUGACAAUUCCCGUAGGAGUAUCU